AUGGAGGGGUUCAGAUCCAAGUCUUGCAGAGAUGGAAGGAUGCAGAUAGAGGAAUUCUAUGGACCAGGACCAACAAGCAUGCAAGAUUUAAGGUCUUAUAGUGUGAGCUAUGCACAGCCAAAUCAAUUUGGCAAGGAAGUGAAGAUCAAGAAAGGGAAAAGCAAUGUUGGGUCAUCUUCAAAAAGCUGGAGUUUCAAUGAUCCUGAGCUGCAAAGAAAAAAAAGAGUUGCUAGCUACAAGGUUUACACCAUGGAAGGCAAGAUGAAAGGUUCCUUGAGAAAGAGCUUUAGGUGGAUCAAGGACACUUGCACCCAAGUCGUCUAUGGAUGGAGAUGGCGUGCUCGAAAGCGAAACAGAAAUGCUGCUGCUUUGCGACAUUAA